CCGGCCGGUGGCGGCCGCCGAGCGGCCCCGAGCCCCGCAGAGCCGAGCCGAGCCGAGCCGGGAGCCCUCUGCAGGGCUGCCACCUCCAGCCGCCCUCCCGCCACCGGACUGCGGGCGGUAGACACGGGCUGCUCUUCUGUUGGUUUUCCCUCCCUCUGAAAAAAAAAAUUAAAAAAAAAAAAAAAAUAAAAAAAAAAAAAUAGGAGGGGUGAAAAAAAGCAGAAGUGAAGAGAUCCCCCACGCUUGCCAAAGUCUUUGUCUCCGGAUGAACAGCGAUGGGGGAAUGGACUAUUCUAGAGAGGCUACUGGAAGCUGCCGUGCAGCAGCAUUCUACUAUGAUAGGGAGGAUCCUGCUGACCGUGGUGGUGAUCUUCAGAAUUCUCAUUGUGGCCAUUGUAGGGGAGACGGUGUACGAUGACGAGCAAACGAUGUUUGUCUGUAACACGCUGCAGCCAGGCUGCAACCAGGCUUGUUAUGACCAGGCUUUCCCCAUUUCUCACAUAAGGUACUGGGUGUUCCAGAUCAUCAUGGUGUGCACUCCCAGCCUGUGCUUCAUAACAUACUCCGUUCACCAGUCUGCUAAACAAAGGGAACGGAGGUACUCCACUGUCUUCCUUACCUUGGAAAGGGACCAGGAUUCAAUGAAGCGUGAGGACAGUAAGAAAAUCAAGAACACGAUUGUCAAUGGGGUGCUGCAAAACACUGAGAACUCCACCAAAGAGGCAGAACCAGACUGCUUAGAAGUGAAGGAAAUCCCCAAUCCUGCUAUCAGAACUACAAAAUCAAAGAUGAGGAGGCAAGAAGGCAUUUCUCGAUUUUAUAUCAUCCAAGUGGUCUUUCGAAAUGCCCUAGAGAUUGGAUUCUUAGUGGGACAGUAUUUUCUGUACGGAUUCAAUGUCCCUUCCAUGUAUGAAUGUGACAGAUACCCUUGCAUUAAAGAAGUAGAGUGCUAUGUCUCUAGACCCACUGAGAAGACUGUAUUCUUGGUAUUCAUGUUUGCUGUCAGUGGGAUUUGUGUGGUGCUUAAUUUGGCAGAACUGAACCACUUGGGCUGGAGAAAGAUCAAAAUGGCAGUGAGAGGAGUACAGGCAAAAAGGAAAUCCAUAUACGAAAUCAGAAAUAAGGACCUGCCAAGAAUGAGCAUGCCUAACUUCGGCAGGACUCAGUCAAGUGACUCAGCUUAUGUGUGAGGCUGUGACAGAACUGAAACACUGUGCCAGGUGGAACAGACCCAGAUACCAUUAGAGAAAGGUACAUUGCUUAGGCAAGCAUUUUAUCAAACCACCAAGAAAGCCAUUAAGGUAUUGGAUCUGCACUUACUGAACUAGCUGCAAAAUGCAGCACUACAUAAAAGACUGAAAAAACAGCUAUAAAACCAUGCUUGACCUAGCCUUACAGCACAGCUACUAUUAUUCCUACUUUUCUUUCUAAUGAUUGGGUUUUAUCUGUCAGUGAAGCAGCUUUUUGGUUGUCAUUAGGAUGUUUACAGUUUGAACUGUCUGACUAAUUGUUGUAAAUGUGUAGAAUGUUCAUAUCAAAAACUCUGCAAGGAUACUCUAUAUGGGGCGGGGUGGGGUGGGGGACACUGUUGCAAUGUGCAGGCAUAAGCAUGUUUUAAAAGGAGGAAAAGUGCACUGUAAGGAAUCUAACCACAGCUCAAUCAGGAUACCUGCGUUCACGUAUCUCACAGAUGUCUUAUUUUGUUUGUCUAAAUCACAGACUGUAGUCCUGGUGUGUAUUACUAGCUAUUUUCUCUCAUGGUUUGUGCAUCAAUUAGUCAUGCUAAAAAUAAAUGCUGAAUAUAAUUUUGCCAUUUUUUGUUUGCCUGUCCACACACACACACACACCAGAGACCUUAAUCAUCUUGCAUUAGUUGUGAUCUGCAGAAUAUAUCGGUAGGUUUUGAUUGAUUCCCUAAUAGGUGCAUAAAUAAGAUGGAGUUGGUUCAUGCCAGCCAAGAUAUGCAUUUACCUACAAUCACCUGCGAUGACACACAUACCAAAGGAAGAGAGUUCAUUGCAUUUAACUGCGAAUAUAUCAUCUUCUCUCUGCUCUUAUUCAUAUAAGUGCCAUACUUGAAACAUCUAACUCUGUACUUAGUCAAAAGGUUGUUUUGGGAUACCAGCUGGAGUGAAAUGAUUUUAUACUCUCCUUUGUUUAUUUUAUGCUAUUUGUUUAGUCAUUGCAAUGGUGUAAAAAGCAGCAAAAGUAUAUAUUGAUAAAUAAAGUACUUGCCUUUUUUUUUUUUUUUUUUUUUUUUUUUGUAAGCCAGAGAGAUUUGCUCUUCUUUAUUCUUGUAUACAAUUGUAAAAAAACUUACAGGGUCAAAAUAAUUGACUUACAACAACUAUUCUUCAGGGUUUAAAAUGUCUUAUUGGUAUUCUAAACUCUAAGUGAUAAAACCUGGGAAAUCAGGACUAUUUUUUAUGUCUGUUUUCCUCCUUAAGCAAGCUUCCUCUGUCUUUAAAGCCUGAUCCAAAGUCCACUGACACCAACAGCCUUCUUUCUGCUGACACUAAGGGCAACACAGUUGGCUGCCAAGGUCACUCUAGGAAUAGCCAGAAUACAUUUACCUAUAAAUGAAACAAUUGCAGCUUUUCAUCAGGGAAUCCAAAUAGUAACCUCAGCUUUUCUGCCUUACAGCUGGUUUAAGAAAUAUAUCAUUCAUGUCCCAUCAACUUACUGGUAAGCCACUGAGGCAGUCUCAAAUGAAUCUCUGUUAACAGCAAUUAUCUUAAUAAAUAAUAGAAUAUUAAGUUUGACUUUUUUUAUCAUUUUUAAAAUUCGUUCUGAAUUCAACAGAAAAUAUUUCUCUGGCAACAGUAGGAGUUGGAUCAGGACUAAAAAACAUACAAGUGCAUUUCUAACUAAAUAGUAUCUGCCCUUUAAAGAAAAGGGCCAAAAUGGUGCUGGAAAAUUUGGGGGUACUUUAUAACAUAAGAAGGAGACAUGGGCUCAGAGUCAUAAAUGGCCUUUUGAUUGUAUUUUAUGUCAAGCCUGAAAAUGGAUUUUAUUAUAUAUUGGCUUGGAGAUGAUGCAUAUAAAUCUUUUCCUCUUGGCUUACAAUAAAUACCUUAACAUUCCAUUCUUGUCGUUUGCCAGCAUUUUCACUUUAAAAAAUGUAGAUUAAUUCUUAGAUAGUUUAUCCAUUAUCGCAUUCAUCUGUUGUCUUUUUUCUUCCACUGUGAAACAUUAAAGGAUUUUGAGAUGUGUCAUGUUUUUAAAGAUUUAAAAAAUAUUUUUCUUUAUGUGUAAGUCUUAGAGUUUUCCUGAUUUGAUUACAGAAACCUCUAAAGAUGGAUUUCUCAGAUGAUUCUUUGUGAUAAAAACGCACACUGAUAUUGCUAGUUGACUGCAUGCUCACUGGAAAACUGCAUGUUAUUUUUAGAAGGACAACAUGGCAGCUAAAAUUUCCAUCUGCAAAAUAACAAGCUUCCGAAGAUUGUUAUUUAACACACAAAUCCAAGUCUGAUUUUCAUUUUGCAGAGUCCUGGGAUGGUUUUCAAAAUCUCUUUUUGAACAGAUAUUGAAAGGAAAAAUAUUCCUUGGCAGUCAUAAGCACUCCUUUAAUGUUGAAGAAAUGGGAGAUUUUAUGCAAAGGGCUUGAUCCAGUGCAAAUUAAAGUUGAAAGAGCAAAACUUGUACUGAAUUCAUUGGGCUUUGGUUCAGGUCAUAAUUUUGUGUUAGGCAGAAGCCCUAAUGCAGGUUUUUCCAGUGGCUGCAUAGCAGUUUUCAGUCAAACUCUAGUGAAGGUGCAUGUCUUGAAAGCUAUAAGAUUUUAAUACCUUAAAAUUCUAAGGUAAUAUUUAGGAAAUAUCUGUUUAUAUUAUUCAAUGCAAAUCACUCAGUUCAUUUAAUUAUUUUUAUGUAGUUGCACAUUUGUACUCCAGUAAACUGGGAUUCUUCAGAACCCAAAGAGAAGAAUAUCAGGAAAUGUAAAUGCUAAUUUACGUAACAGGAUCAGUGAUAAAGUAGGCAAAGACUUAUAUUUUGAUCAACAGAAACAUCAUCCUCCAUACUUGGAAUAUGGGUUCUCAUAGUUCAGAUGAGAGAUGAAAUGUGUCAAGAGAUCAGUUGUUCUAAUCUUCCUUUUAAAUUGUUAUUUUUCAUUUCUUACCAACUACUCAUUUGUCAUGGACAAGAGAAAUAUAGCAAACACUUUUUUUGUCAAUGUAUGUGAGAAUCAUAUGAUUAAUGCUAAUGGCCUGUUUGCAUGAAAGCUGACUAUUCAUUUACAGAAUAAAUGCUUUAAAAUUGUCACAGCAAUGGAAAAGUCUGUUAACUGAACAGAACUGAGUGAACAUGAAGCUGAAGGGCACAUUACUGGCUACUUAGAUCUUGCUCCUGCCUCAGUGAAAUAAAUUAGUCUCACCAUUGACAUCUCUGUAAGGAUCAGACAUUAAAAAUGAAAAUUGAGUUAA